CAAACUUGCCGAUCUUGCCCUUUUGAGGGAGUUCUACAUGCACGUUCGGAGUCAUAUGACAGUGUUCACUUCCUGCAGACACUUUGCACCCUCCUGACUGGAGCUAAGCCUAGGAAGCAGAAUCAGAAACAACAAUCCGUGGUCAGGAGAAAUCUUCCCCUCUCAAGAUGCUGGCCCUCAUCAACAGGCUUUUGGACUGGUUCAAGUCUCUCUUUUGGAAAGAGGAGAUGGAGCUGACGCUGGUGGGGCUUCAAUAUUCUGGGAAGACCACCUUUGUGAAUGUCAUAGCUUCUGGCCAGUUCAGCGAAGACAUGAUUCCUACUGUGGGGUUCAACAUGAGGAAAGUCUCCAAAGGCAAUGUAACAAUAAAGAUCUGGGAUAUAGGAGGACAGCCAAGGUUCAGAAGCAUGUGGGAGCGAUACUGUCGAGGAGUUAAUGCUAUUGUUUACAUGGUAGAUGCUGCAGAUCGUGAAAAGAUAGAGGCUUCAAGGAAUGAGCUGCACAAUCUGUUAGACAAGCCACAGCUGCAAGGGAUCCCUGUGCUAGUGCUUGGAAACAAGAGAGAUCUUCCCAAUGCUUUGGAUGAGAAGCAGCUUAUUGAAAAAAUGAAUUUGGCAGCUAUUCAGGACAGAGAAAUCUGCUGCUACUCAAUUUCUUGCAAAGAAAAGGACAAUAUAGAUAUCACGCUGCAGUGGCUUAUCCAGCACUCAAAGUCCAGAAGGAGCUGAGAGCAAAGAGAUCUGCCCCCUGUCCUGUCGGCAAUAUCAAUCCCAAUACCUUACUCUCUCUGUGAUGCAGUGAUCUCCUCUCCACCUCACACACAUACACUAUCCUUCCUGUAACCCAGCUGUUCAUUUCCUCAGUCAAUUUUGUGCACUGCUAAAGAUGUGUAACCUGAAGUUAGAACAAAUAGCAUAAUGAACUAGAGUUGUCAUGAUACACCGAAACAAACUGUUAGCAGCUGGUGCGUGUAGUCCAGUGUUUCUAAAGAGAUUGCCUUUGAUAUGCCCAAUGAUGGUGAUCUCUUUUAGACCAGGAGGGUUACUAUAUAGAUUCCUACUUCAGAUCUGUGGUGUAUUUUGGUCAAUGCCUAAGGAGUAGUGGGUCAGUUAACAUUUAACUGCUGUGAAACAGGUUUACAACGUUGCACAGUAUGCAUGCUGGGCAGACGCACAAUAGUCAUUACCAUUGGAUAUAUGUGUGCUUGCAAGGAAUCUCACCAUCACUGUGUUAAGACUAGACUGCUUGAUGUUUAAUAAACGUGUACUCUUUUUAUUAAUAUUUAGGUUGCAGGCUGCAAAAAUAUCAUGCAACAGAAUUUAACCUGUAUAUUUGAGAUUAUGAAUGUAAACAGAUUUAAAGAUAGGACUAGAAGAGGUAAAUCAUUGGGUCUUGCAGCUUUAAUGUUUUCUUUAAACUGUGAACCGUUAAAUAUAACCUGCAAUGCCGUUUAUGUCCACCAGAGUUUACUGCAGAGUUACAAGUGCCUUCUGCAAUAUAGCUCCAUCUGUUGGACCAAAUUGGCAGUACGGCAUGAAUUGUCUGAUACAGGAUAGAACAAAAAUUAAAGCUUCAAAUUGCAAAAUUAAUAUUUGUUGUUCUUAAUAAAAACAAAAAAGCAUGCAUUUUAACUGAGAUGAUGCUUAAUAGGUGAAUUAGCAUUAUAUUAGCUGGUUCUGUAUUAAUCUCAUCAAGAUAUUAUGACAACUCUAGAUAUUUCCCAUGUUGUUCAAUGUACUGUAAAUAUGCUAAACUGUAUCAUAUAAUAUCGAAGGCUGUGAUGUAAAAGCACAAGAUGAAGCCAAUGGAAUGAUGCUAGUUUUUGCUUCGCUUGUAAAUUACAGGAUUAUUAAUCAUCUGCAAUUUCUUCUUUUGUGACAUGUUUUGUACUGUUUACUGUCAAAUGCCAGAAUUGAGCUGAAGGCUGUUGUUCUGUUCUGGGACUGGUGUAGGAGUUUUCUUGCUUCACUUGAGCUCUGUUUAGCUUGAGUUUGUUUAAAGUGAUUUUCUGAUAUACAGGAAAACAAUUCUGCAAGGUGAUCCCUACUGCCUGUUUCAGAAUGUAUUGUGGUGCAUUCUGCAGUAAAGGGAAGCCAAAUUAUGCCUUGUGUCCAAGCUUGGUGCACAUUGAGAAUUAUAAAGUGUUUUUUUUCUUUUUUUUUUUUUUUGGUUAAAAAGGUGUGAUAUCUAAGGUAUUAAAAGACAUUCUAUAAUUUGUUACCACCAGUACCAUUUCCACCUCUCUCUCAAUCAUUGUGAGGUUGAAUGUUUCAUUUAUAAUCUCUUUCCCUGAAAGCGUGCCUCACUAUACACUAAUUUACAGUAUCAAACAUAACGUUGGAUAUAGAUAGCUGGGAGCCAAGCAAUCAAUGUCAGUGGUGUCUUCUCAGGUUGAAUAAAAUAUUAAUCAGCUAAUACACACACAGUUUAUAGUUUUCCAUUGGCAGGUAUACCAGGAUGCUAUUUACUUAAUGUUUAUUUAAGUAAAUUAACAGUGUUGUUUGCACAACUGUAUUAGAUUUGAACUAAACAUAUGCAAUGAUGUGGUAGCAAGAUAAAAAUUGAGAUCUUAGUGAAUGGCUUGGUUAUACUGCAUACCCAGUAUAUGCAAGUUCUGAAAUGGGCAAGUUUACCAAAAAGAAGGAUGCUGUUAAUUUUCAAUUGCUACUCAUUGAAUUUCCAUUGGUGAACGCUGGUGUUGGUCUGCACCACUCAAGUCAGUGAUUUCUUUGCUGGCUAUAGAGUCCCUUUCCAGUUAAACACAGAUGCAGUGCCAUCUUGCUGUACUGAAGUAUAUUAGUUAUUAGAAGUGAGAAGUCGAAGUAAACCACAACAAGGGCACUGAAGAGAAUUACUGUGGAGGUACAAUAUUGUAAAUGGGUUUUAAGAUCAUUAGUUACAACACCUUUUGAGUCCUGUUAUUCACGCUAUGCCUUACUGAAAGCUAUAACUGGGCACAGAGAUGUGUGUGUCUUGUAGAAUAUCCCAUGAACAGAAGCAGCAGAUAUUGACCAUUGAAUCCUCACGUUGUGAUCUACUGUAUACAGUCUUGUGUUUUUAAGCUUUAAUGAAGUGUAAGGAAAUCAGCCAGAUUUGCUUAACCUCUUUUAAAGUGAUAAAAACGUAUAGGCAAAAAGAAGCACAAUAAGGUUGCAUAUCAAUUGAUUGGUGAUUUUCUUGACUGCCUCACUAUCAGUCCUCGUAUGUUUUUUUUUUUUUGUAGCAGUAUAUUGUAUGCUUAUAUUGUAUAACCACGAUGCCGUCACAUGCAUAUGUUCUACUAUAUCGUCUGUAGAAGUAGUUAUUCUUAAACGCUAUAAUUGUAUUCUCUUGUAGGGAUGUGAAUCUAGUCAUUUGUAAUCCAUUUAUAGACAGCUUCAAAUGUCAUUUAAAUUCCUUUUUUCCCCAGUUCCCUUCCCAUUGUAUGGUGUUUGCAAUCAAUCUCAGUGGUUCUGGGUUGUAUUGCUCUGUUAGUGAGUUACCAUUUUCAUUAAAUCUGCCUUUACUUGUCUUUGAACUUGAGUUAGAGAUCCUAAAUGCAGACUGAAGAUCCAUUCAAAUUACGGGGCUAUGUUGCCUUUAAACUCUGCCAGCCCCACUACUCUCAGUAUGAAAGUAGAGUAGAUGGGGCUGGCACAGCUGAAAGGUCACAUGGUCCUAUGAUUUGAAUGGAAUGAGGAAGGGGUUCAGUGCUGGCAAUUAGGAUCUUCAGAUCAAAAGCCAGGUUAAGGCAGGUUUAGAGAGGCAGUUUAAUAGUGCAAAAGAACCACUUGAUUGCAAACACCAUAAAAUAGUAAGGGUGAUGUAAAAAAAAAAGACAAUCAAAAUGACAUUUGAGGCUGCUUUUUUAAAUUCAUCAGCGAUACAUGUGUUAAAGAAAUGAGUUGCACAUUAUUUCUGAAUGGUUUUGAGCUCGGUUUUGUGGCUUGAUUGCUUUGACUCUUAACUGAUAUAAAAAUAUAUUUAACAGAGUCCUGAAACCUAGGACUGGGUGCAGGAAUAGUGUGAGUUUCAAACCCUGGAUAGAGUAUACUAGAUAGAAUGGGUGGUCAACAGAGUUGAAUGAUCCCAGUUUAAAUUGAUUCCUGUAGAAUCAGGUAGCACAGACACAUGCAAUGUCUCCAAGUAUACCCCUGAUACUACAGAGAAAAAUAAAUACAGUACUAGUGCUGUCCUCAAGAACUGAAAGACUGCUGCAGCACAUGUCAAGGUUUCAACCCAGCUUUUUGUUUUGGAGGUACAGCAUUUGAUCCGAGUUAUACUUGUUUUUUUUUUUUUACCCCCAGUGAGGUUGAUUCUUCCUAAGCAUUACAGGACUGCUGUGAUUGCUUUGUGAAUAUAUAUAUAUAUAUAUAUAUAUAUAUAUAUAUAUAUAUAUAUAUAUAUAUAUAUAUAUAUAUAUUUUUAUGAUAAGUCUCUCUGAGCUUUCCUUUUGCCACACUAAGAUCUACCACCAACUUUUACAAUAAUAAAAUGUACUUCAAUUCAUCCCAUUCAUUGUUCAUAUGAACAGCCUUAAUAGAAUCCUUACAGUAACUACCACUCCAGCGCCCUUUCAUUUUAUCCUGUUAUAUUUUUCAAUAAUUCCAGGGUUAUUAAAAGUUAAAAUUCAGUUUUGUGAUUGUUCCACCCCACAAACGUAAGAAAAUAUCUAUUUAUACCAGAACAACCCUUGGACACUUUUUUUUAAAGCUAUAUUACAGCUUACUGCUUAUUAUUAAAAGGAGGGCUGAAACCUUGAGAUGUUCUCAGUUUGACGACGGUUUCAGCAUUGAGACUUUAGACUGUAAAAGUGGAGAGAGCUGAUUUUUCAGAUCUUUGCAAGGUUUGUGAGCUGAGAGAGCUCUGAUUGUCAUGCUGUGUUCUAACAGAGCUGAUGAAGCCAGCAGUAUAUGAUAUAGGAGUGCCCCCAAGUGGGAAAAUGAGUAAAUGCAGGGGACUGCAACCAAAAAUGUAAACCUAGUAUGAAAUACACACACAGGUUUCCCAUCUUAUAAACUGCUUGGUAUGUUGCAGUGCAUCUGUGUAGGCAACAACAGCAUUGUUUAAUUCAGACUGCUUUUUUUUCUUUUAGAAGUAGAAACUAGCUUGUACCUAAAAAAAACAAAGAUAGAUACUGGAUAUGUGUAUAUGCUUUAUGUGUGGACUAGGUGACUAUUUCAUUAUUUAGUCAGGGUUGUAGGUAAAGCUAAUGUAUUUAAUGUGUUGAUCUACAAAAUACUCUUAGCCAAUGAUGGUAUUUCGACACUAUUAUGGAAAGACUGAUCAUGUGUUUACCCGUGCAUUAAUAUUUGCAUGUAAAAAAUAAAAUAAAAAAAGAAAUCAAUUACA